CCCACCGAGAGCCGAGCUGCGUGAACGUUGUACCUGGGGACACCAUUACAGGAGUCAUAAUCUAGAAAUUGGGAAAAGCUUUUCCCGAUGCGUUUUGCGUCAACCAACUUUAGUUCAAUGAGAUGAUUGGAGAAAGAAAGCGACUCUCGUUGCAGUCCUAUAUAAGCAAGCGAGUCGCAUUGUCUUUCAGUCAAGCUCGUUCAGCCCACAAGACUUCAUCAUGGAAACUGCCUCAUUCGAAACAUUGAUUACGAGUCUUUUUACCAUGAGGAAGAACAGAGGUAUCAUCGCUUGGCUGGUUUUGUGUGGAGUGUCCAUCAGCUGUGCUGCUCCUUGGUUUAAUGCGAACGUCCAUUUACGAGCAAAGAGUUCCGCACGAGAAGAUUUGCCUGAUUAUGCGCAGACUGAACAGCCUUUUUUUAAUUUCAUGAAAAUGGGUCUGACUGAAGCACCGUUGGAAACAGACGACGAAUCGCCUUCAGUUGUACAAGCACAUCCGAUGGAUUUUUCUCCACUUUAUCCAGUGGAAGAAGCUCAGAAAGGACCUGCCAUAGUUGAAGAUCCCUUGUAUGAUUUUCUGAAAAAUAUUCUGCCUCAAGUUCCGGCAAGAGCUCCAGAUUCGCCAGCGCCAAAUGUUGCUGCAUCCGAUUCUGUGGAUCCAUCUGCUGAUGCCCCAGUUCGUCCCCAAACAUACGCGUCAUCAGAUGAAUCUUUCUUGAACAUCGGACAUCCACCUAAACCCAGGGCACUGGGUUUUCCACAGAUAACCAACACUCGUGAAAAUGUUUUCCAACAAAAUAAUUGGGACAUUUUAUAGGUGUGACAUCGUCAAUCCUUUGCCGGUUCAUGAGGACCAGCGAAUGUCAACCUCGUUUUCAAUUUUAUUUUUAUUGUUUGAAACAUUAUUCCUGUUUAAUUUGGCUCAUCAAAAUGUACUCAAGUGCGUGUACCUUUUCGCUUUGUUGAAUCUCG